UUGCCCACAAAAAAGAAAGGGUCGGGCUCAAACGGCGCGCAUAAAGUCACAAUUUCGCAGACUACCCCAAUUUUACACCGUCAUCCCCAAUUUUACUCUCACUCUCGCACGAGUUCAGUCUCUGAAUCGCACUCAGUGACUCUCGGUGUACAACAAUGGCGAACAACAGCAACAGUGACAUCUUAAUGCUAGAAGCUCCGCCACCGCAAGGUCCAGCAUGGCCAGGACCUUUAACCAACGCCGAAACCAUCGACGCCUUGCCGUACAUCGACGACGACUACGCCAACCCCGACGUCAAACGAGAGGUCGACCGCAUGGUGGAGGAGGAGUUGCGACGCAGCGCAAAAAAGCCCGCCGAUUUCCUUAAAGACUUGCCUCCACUUCCCAAGCCCAAUUUCCAGGAUCAUCCUAUGCUAGCUAGAGAGUACGACCGCGUGAGAGCUUCUAGGCCUCCGGCGGUUAUUGAUUUUUCCAGAGACAAAGUAGAGACGCCGCCUUUGAAUAAAAUGAAUGAUGAAACGGCUUGGAGACUUGCUCUUCAGAAAGCUCAGUGCUCUUUGCAGCACCAAGUCGUCAGGUUAGAGAAUUUGGAGCUGAUUGACAAAUAUGGUCCUGACGCCUGGAUUCAGAACAACAAUCGAUUGCAAUUGGUUUUUUCAAGAAUGCAGAAAUUAGCUCAGGAACAAUUUCAAAAGAUUGAAACAGUGAAUCGUGAAAGGAAAUAUCACCAGCAAAACACUGCAUAUGAGCUUAAUGCUCUGUCUGCCCAAUGGAAGGAGCUUUGUCAGAAAAAUAUAGAAAUCCAUGCUGCAUGUGUUAAGCUUGAAAGUCAUCUGGAUGAAUUGAGGAGGGAAGCAGCCGAGAAGGGCUGGAACUUGGAAGCCAAUGCAGAAAAUGGUUCUCAGUUGAAUUCUGAAUGAGAUGGAUUCAGAAAUGAUGUAUUCCUUCAAUCCCUCUUUUGGGUUUCAAAUGUAAUGUUGAAGAAUUAGUCACAGAUGUUGGGUUUCAACGCAUUUGUGUGUUGUGAAAGGAGUUUGGUCUUUCUUUUCCCUUCUUUCCUUAGUUGAGCUAUUUAGGAUUUGGCGCCUCAAAUUCAAAAUGUAUGAUGCAUUACCUUUCCUUUGAGGACAUAACAAGAACCGAGUAAUGGAUGCAUAGAUGUUUAGGUCAUGCCUAUACAAAUAUAUGUGGUACUUUAUCCUGGAACAUUAUUGGCAAAUGUGUUGAACAACUUCUACGAUUA